CCACCUUGAGAAUGUGGUGACGCGAGCAAAGGGGCGGGUUUGGAAAGGGUUGGAUCGCACAGGUGACUGUCGCAGUCUUGUUGAAUCGGCACAAACAUGGGCAAAAUUGAGGCCUUGGAGAUCACAUUUGACAACAGGAAAGAACUUUACAGCCCUGGCGAGUGUAUCUCGGGAACCGUGACGAUCAAAGUGGGCCAAAAGCUACAAUGUAAAGCUAUUAAGGUGAACUGCAAUGGUUUCUGUGGCAUAACCAACAAAGUAAAUGAAACAACAUGGACAGCGGAGGAACAGUACUUCAACAAUACCGUGUCUGUUUCAGACAAAGGAACUCUGAAACAAGGACAUCACACUUUUCCCUUCAAGUUUCUUAUUCCAGGCUCUGCUCCAACAUCGUUUGAGGGCAACUAUGGUAAAAUAGUGUACAGAUUAAGAGCUUUCGUUGACACACCACGCUUUACCAAAGAUUACAGCACAGAGAAAGCAUUCUACCUCUUGGACCCCCUCAACUUAAACAAAAUUCCAGACAUAUGGGGUACCUGCUCCUCUUCAGUGAUCCAGGAAUUCAGCUACAUGCUAUUAAAAAGUGGCACAGUGAUGCUGAAAGCCCAGAUUGACCAGAAGGGUUACAUACCAGGCCAGGUCAUUCAGCUGUCAACUGUCAUCCACAAUAAAUCGGAAAAAACUACAAGCAACAUCAACGCUUCCCUUGUGCAGAGAGUAACCUAUCAGACAAGAAAACCCACCCAUGAUGUGAGGGUCAUUGCAGAGUUGGAGGGAGGUCGCGUUAAGCCCGGCAGGCAUAUGGAGUGGAAGGAGCAGAUUAUUGUUCCUCCUCUUCCUCAAUCAUCCCUUGUUGGCUGUGACCUUAUAAGGAUUGAAUACUACGUUAAAGUCAGCCUUAAGUCUCCGAAUGUCCUCUUGACGUUACCGCUCCAAAUAGGGAAUGUCGCUUUGGACAAGAAGUUUCACCCAUCCAAAAAUGAAGCUCGUCUCUCUUCUGCCCAUGUUGAAGACACAACAUCUGACUCAGCUUCAGCUGCUACAUCGUUGUCACCUCCCCUUGCCCCAAAACCGACUCCACGUCCCGCUCCUCGGUCCAGACUUUCAUCCUCCAAUACUCCAACCGCUCCACCCACUGAAUACCACCUUGGUGCUAAUGGUGGUGCGCCUAUGAGUGGCAGCCUCGCAAACCAUCGGCACUCCCAACUUGUGUCGCCAAGUGGAUUUAGUUAUGCUCCCGGCCUCUCUUUCCCUAACAGUCAUCAGAAUCGGUCAGGCACAGACCACGGCAGAACUCCAAUUAGUGGUUCCACAAGGACCUCGACUCUUCCUUCUAAUGAUCACACUGCGAGCUCAGUGUUAACUCCAGUUAGCCUGCCUCCAGACUACAGCAACUCAGCGUUCCCACAAGAAGCUCCUCCUUCCUAUGAUGAAAGCUGUAACUCAUAAAAUGCGUGGGCGAACAGGAACCCUCCGAGCAUGACAACGUCAUUCAUUGGUGGAUGCUGUGGCAACACAUGCUUACAAUUAGAUCGGAUUCGUUUUCAUCAAGAGAAAUUCGUGUUUUGAAUGUACUUUGCUUUUAUUACUAACGCAUCAAUUUUAAUUGAGAACAAAUCAUCACAUUUUAAAUUGGAAUAAAACUCUAAAAAGUGAGAUGGUUUGUUUGCCUGUGAUGUCAAGAUUUGACCUUGCUCACUGUCUUAGAAAAUGUAUUUUUAAUCACCUGUUAUUGUUCUCAACUCAUUAAUGCUCAGCGUAGGAAAGGUGAUUCAUAGCUGAGCAGAAUGUGUAACGGUAAAAUCAUUGUGUGAAAUGACAACCAAUUGCUUUCACUUAGAAUUUGCACUAACUCAAUAAAACAUUCCUUGACAAA